AUGGAAAUUACAGCAAGAGUUGCUAGUCUUGACCAUCAUAGGAUGAACAAAGCCAUACGCCAGGCUGCAGAAAAUAGCUUCAAGGAUUGGAAAAGUAAAUUUCCCUUACCAGUGGUCAUCAAAUUGGAAAGAAUCCAUAAUGAAGUUCUCUUAUUCAUCGAUAUGUUUCUAUGGUUUAACCAGCUAAAGAGAGGAUAUAACUUGGACCAGUUAUCUAAAUGGCAAAAAAUUGUUCAUUUCAUACUUUCAAUCCUGGCACCUUACAUGCACAACUGUUUGCUUUCCUGGUCUAGUCACAAUAUGAGAUGGAUAUAUAAGAUGACCGCUAUUUGUCGCCUAGCAAAUCUUUUACAACUUCUGCAUUUUUAUCAUAAAGGUGGUUAUCAGAAUCUUACGGAAAGAAUCACGCGCUUGAAAGUUGUGCCGAAAGAAACACUUGGUUUAUUGAAUUUCGAAACACUCAAUCGAAAACUCAUGUGGUGUGUAUUUCGAGAUCUUAUGGUUUUUUUGAUUUCACUCAAGAACUGUCUUUGGAAAACAACAAGAUCUAAAAGAGAUGAUGAACACGCAGAUCUAUCAGGAACAUUAUGCACACAAUGUCAACAGAGAGUUGUGAUACCGGUGAAGAAUAUUAGCUGUGGACAUAUUUCCUGCUAUACAUGUUAUCACAUCGAACCGUUUUGUGCAGUAUGUGGAAGCGUUACGAAAUCAGAUUGUUUCCGUUUUCUACAACUGUCGAACCGAAAUUUGUAA